AAGUGGGAGCUCACGCUCCGUCUGUGGAAGACCCGUUACACUACUGCAUGCAACUACUCUGGGUGCCGUUCGAGGACACGAAGGCGAGCUUGUUUCCCGUGGUGCCCUUGAUCAGCCUGGUGGACGAUGAGGGCACGCUGGCUCUCCUGGACUGUCCGCUGAAGAUCGGCCACUUCAGCUACCUCGUGCCCAAGGAGGAGGGCCGCUUCCGGGACGUCUCUCCUCCUGCGAGCUCUGACCCGACGCGGCGGCGAGAGGACCGCCUGGUCCGAGCCUGCCGUGACGUCACGGAGGGGAUCUACCAGGAGUGUCCGGACUUCGAGCAAUACGUCCAGGCCAUGCUGGACGCCGAAGUGACGAUCGUCAGGAACGUAUUGGCGGGGCACAAGCCGGCCGGUGAGGAGGAGCGGCUUCUGCUGGAGCGGCUGGAGCAGCUGUGCGAGCGCCGUUGGAGGCAAGAGCCUGCCCUCGACAUCAUCGACAAAAUCGGCUCUGACAUGAUCAACAACAGAGGGGUGAUUGAGUUCCUGGUCUGCCACAUGAAGGUAGUUCUGCAGACGCAUUCGGAGCUCGCCAAGCUGGAGCCGAAGCUGUUGAAUACGCUGGCGACGGAGUUACUCAGAAUACAGUCUGAUUUUAUCGAGGCGCGUCAGUUCGCGCAGCUAAGAGAACUCCAGGAAGAGGAGGAAGCCCUGUGGCGGGACUCGGUCAGCAGCGCGGCCGAAGAAGACGACGCAGCGACUCCGUACGGCCCCUUCGAACCCCCUCCGAAACCUGAGCCGUUCACGUGGUAACUUGGAGACCG